CAAUAAAUGUUCUCAGCAGCCAAACUCCAUCCCUCUCCUACUUUAUUCUUCUUCUUCGAUUUACUAUCUCAGCUAUAUGGACGAAUGUGGUUGCUUUUAAACGUCAGGCUCUUCUUUCUUUAGUAUUGUCUUCCUUCAGAGAUCGAGGGACCAGAUGGUGUUGGUAUAUUUAAUAGUAUCACCUGAUUAAGAAGAAGAAGACUUGUUUUUUAAGUAAUAAACAAGGAGAAACGCAAACUUGGUAGCUUUUGUUCUCUCUGGUUUUAAGAAAGAUUCACAAAGAAUUAACAAAAAGAAGAAAGAAAAGAUGAUGCUGGUGAGAAGAAGGUUGGGUUGCUGCAGCAGGGAUAGGGAGAUUAGCAUUGAUUUCGAUGAACAAGAUAGAAUGAUUACAUACGACGGCUUGGAAGCUUGUAUUAUCAACAAUCAAUCAUAUGAAGAAGAAGAAGAAGAAGAAGAGAGUGGAACAAACGGAUGCCUGACAGAUUCAUUGGACGAUGAUGCAUUCUCAAGCUGUUCAUCAAGCAAAGAGGCAUCCAGCUCUUUUUCUUCAAAAUGGUUACCAAUGAAGACUGAGGAGCGCAGUUGCGAUGGUUUGAACUUACCCGGAAGGUCCAAACAUUUUGAUGGUAAGGAGAAACCAAGCAGCAAUGUCUACUGCCAUUUGGAUGUGGAAGCUAUGAAGGAGAAAUUCUCAAAGCUAUUGCUUGGCGAGGAUGUCACUGGGGGAUGCAAGGGUAUCCAAGUAGCUUUGGCUUUGUCAAAUGCUGUUACACAUCUCGCUAACUCGAUAUUUGGCGAGCUCUGGAAAUUGGAACCUUUGUGUGAGGAGAAGAAACAGAAAUGGAGAAGAGAAAUGGAUUGGCUACUUUCUCCAACUAACUACAUGAUUGAGUUAGUCCCUACUAAGCAAACUGAUGCCAAUGGAAGAUCAAUUGAGAUAAUGACACCGAAAGCACGUGCAGACAUUCACAUGAAUCUCCCAGCUCUUCAGAAACUGGACUCCAUGCUAAUUGAGAUACUGGACUCAAUGGUGAACACAGAGUUUUGGUAUUCAGAAACCGGUAGUAGAGCUGAGGGGACGAACAAGACUACAAGCGAGAGCAAGAGAUGGUGGCUUCCAUCACCACAAGUGCCCAAACCUGGUCUCUCUAACUCAGCAAGGAAGAAGUUGCUAGACAAGGGCAAAGUUGUUUAUCAAGUCUUCAAAGCUACAAAGUCCAUAAACGAAAACGUUCUUCUUGAAAUGCCAGUACCAUCCAUUAUCAAGGAAGCAAUACCCAAAUCUGGAAAGAACAGCCUGGGUGAUGAACUGUACAAAAUGUUGGUUGCUGAAUCCGGAACAAUAGAUGAAAUCCUUGUAUCACUCAAGCUGGGGGCGGAACAUACUGCACUCGAGACUGUUAACAAGUUAGAAUCUGCUAUAUUUGCAUGGAAGGAAAGGAUUACAGAGCAAGAGAGCAACGGUAAAUCUCCUGCGAGGACACCAUGGUCAUUUGGUAAAGAUCCAUUGUCUGACACUGGUCGGAAUGAGUUAGUCUUGAGCAGAGCAGAAGCACUUAGAAGUCAGAUCAAAUCCAAGUACCCUAAUCUUCCGCAGUCGUUUCUUGAUGCCACAAAGAUUCAGUAUGGCAAGGACAUAGGUCAUGCGGUUCUUGAGGCAUAUUCAAGAACACUUGCUAAUUUGGCGUACAGGAUACUUUCAAGAAUGGGAGAAAUAUUGAAAGAAGAUUCUUUAAGUAACCCAAACUCUCCUGCGCCACCGAGUUGUUUCCCUAGCUCUCGUGAUCUUUACAGAACACCUGAGAGGCCUUUGCUUUCCUCUCGUGUAAGGCAUUCUCUAACAGAUGACAUGAACAGAGCAGAUGGGAUAGAGACAGACACUGGUUUAGAUUUCUUGUUCGCAGAUGCUAAGGUCAGUUCGGUGAAUGCAACAACUCCAAGUAGGAGCAGUAGGAUUUGGUGUAUGAGCAAAGUACCGCCUGAUGCUUCGCCUUGAUUUAGAGGGCUUUACUUAAGUUCGAUGCGUGCCACCUGAAGUUUCUCCUUCUUCUUUUUUUCUAUAUUUAUUUAGGUCCCUUUAAAUUAUGGAGUCUAAGAUAUUGUAAAUGUAUUGAUAACAUGCUCUAAACUAUGAAUAUUGGCAAUUUUGUUCAUAACUGUGGAGGAAAAAAAAACAUGAACUUUCAAUUUUAUUAUCUUUUCAAA